GAAUCUUAGUAGUCUGCAGAGUAUCAACUUCCAAUGGCAUAAGCUGCCAGCUGCCAUGGUUGGAUCUGAGCUGCGCUUUGCUACUGAUGAGGGCGCGGUGUUGGUGCAUCAGCCCCACCGGCAGGAUGCUCAACGAAGCCGCGUGCACUGCACUGUUUCAGGAGCUGCCUUUGAUCUGUGGCGGCUGUCUGCCGCACCGCCUGGUGGGGGACGAACUGCGGGACUCGUCUCUUUGGAGGCACUCGAGGCCGUGCAGCGCGAGGCCGACUUCGCCCAGCGUGCAGGCCGACAUCCAAACAUAGUACGUUGUCAUGGUGUCCUCGUGCAGAAUGAGGGAGCCGUGCACUCGAAGCUCUUGCUGUGUGAGCCUUGUGUGUUUGAUCUGGCAACCCACACAGCUUCUAGCUCUUCUUUGCCUUCGCGUGAGGUUUCAGAUCUUGGCCAAGAGCUGGCUUUUGGACUUGGGCAUCUUCACAACCUGGGAAUCUUGUACGGUGGAUUUGAUGCGAGUGGAAUCUUCAGAGGUCAUGAUGGCUUGUGGAAGCUCCGCGACUUCUGCCGUGCAGCGCUGCUACCUGUGGCAGCCUCCGAGUGGCGCGCGAGAAGCCACGCACGGCCUCAAGAGGCACCCCCAGAGGCCCGUGGCAGUACGGACGAUGCUCUGAAGCCGGAGGCGGACGUUUGGAUGCUGGGCUCUUUCCUGUCCUCUCUCGUCUCCGGACUUCCGCAAGGCACUGGGGCUUUGGCCAUUGCACCUCAACAGCUAGUGGAUGCUGCUGUCGCACGCCUUUGUCUCCUACUUCAAUGGCUCAUGGCAGAGGCGCCCGAGGAGAGGCCGUGUGCUGGAGAGGCAGCAGCUCUGCUGGGCGCUCUGACGUUCACUCCGCCCCAGGAGAUCCUGGCAGAGAUGCCACUGCGGGAACAGCGACGGGUCUGUAGCAUGGCUGUUGCAGCUGCGCGUCAGCGCGCAGUGGACUUGGCAGUGGCACAGCCAUCAGACAUCGCAGACAUUGCAGAGUUGCCAUUGGAGAGGUUGCGGGUGCUUGGUGAAGAGAUCAAUCAAAUCCUGGACAAUUGCGGGAUGGAUGUUGCUUUUAGACCAGACAAUGCCCCAGAACUUGAAGCUCAAGCAGAUCAAGCAGUGCCUACGCCUUGUGCAGGUUUUCGCCAGAAGCCCGCAGACAUUGCUGACGCCUCUACCAAUGCUAGUGGGAUGUCGGAUGAACUUUCGGAAAGCAAAUUGGCCUCUCCGAGCAAAUCAGCGCCAAAAAAGGCAGACUCAACUGACCUACUUGGCCUGACCUGAAACUUGUUGCACCGCCACAGCCACGUUGCAAUGACGUUCAUCCUAAAGUCUCACAUCCAAUUUGUCAAUGUUUCAUGAAUUUGUCAACCCCUUGGUGCAAACAUAUCCAGCGCCUUUGCGGUUUUCAACAGGCAAAGUAGUUUACUGCCAGAAGUAGAAGGCUGCUGUGCCAGUUGUAGGCACUUGUAAACGCGCCUAAUUCUGCAGAACGACAGGAAGACUUGCUUUUACCUGUCGCUCACAUCCCAAACAAUUUCCAGCGACACGUUCAACCUGAUUCGUGCAUGAGAGCAAUGAGUUUCCAGCCGAAGCAACAAUUCAGC